CAGCGAAUUGGCUAACGCGUCGCUUCUUGCUGCGCGGCAAGCGUUCUCCGCAUUUUAUGUGCAGCAGCCAUAACACGAGUUUUCAGUCUGCUUAAUAGGUUAAUCGACGCGGUAGGAUGCCAUAGGAUUACAGGUAAUUCAUUGUUGUGUGAUUGCAACGGUAAUUACAAAACAUCCGCCACAAUGAUGGCAACGGACCGUAUCGACGCUUCUCUGCCAUUUACAAUGAGAACAGAAGAUGACAUCGGCAUUGACAACGGCGAUACUACGAACGUAGAUGACAUUAACCCCCUAUCGAUGCCCCUGCCAUUGCUUUCCGUGGAGAAUUCCGUUAUGCAUCGUGAAUCCAGCGAGUUCCUGCGUCUCACCGAAAUGGUUCGUGCUGUAUAUUUGUCAAAUCUUCACAAAUGUUUACUUAGUAAUUAUAUAACUUGUUACGAACGAAAUGACGAAGACCCAAGUGCUAUAGUAAAAAGAUGUGCAGACCAGAUGGAACUAAAUGCUGUCCGAUUGGCAUUAGAAGCUAAUUUAUAUAGAAAAACCAUGUUGAAAAUGAUUGCGGACAUAAAAUCGCACACUGUCAACAAAAAAGUAUAUAAGAAAUUAUUAAUAUUUUUAGAAGCACCUAAGGAAAAAAUUGAUGUUUUCGUACAAACGGAUGAUAAAUGUGUGGAUCUACAUGGAACCGAUAAUAUACAGAGCGUGUGUAUCACAUCCAACUCGGAGGAAAUGUUACGAACGACAUCGCCCAUCGUGAAUUCCAGUAACUUUAAUGGGAAUGAAAAUAUCACACGAGACGUUAAUAACGAAAUGGAUGUACAAAUGUCGUGCGAUGAAGACACACUGAAGGAAGUAUUUAACGAUGCUAGUCAAAAAACUGAGGAUAAGAGCGAUUCUCGAGUAACGGCUGAUGCGAACGCGAAAGGGAAUGAGGAUGAGAAUUCGCAGGACUCGAUAUUGCAGCAUAUGGAGGACAUGUUUUGCGAGAGCGACGACAGCAGUGAUCUUACAAAAUUGAUAGAGAAGUAUUCCGGCGUCAGUAAAGCUAACAUUGACAGAGAAAUCAAUGAGAUAUGUUUGAACGCGACGGGGCCGAGCAUCAUGUCGCAAAGUAACAAAGUGUCGACUGUAACGAAUAACAUAUCCGGCGCGGCAAUAAGAAAUAUGAGCGAGGGUAAAGUCAGUUACAGUCGCUACAAGGAGAUGCGAAGCAAAAGGGCAAACGUGCCAAACGAGUCCGACGAAAGCGAGAUAAACGACGUGAGAGAUACGAAGCAGAAGGAGAGGAUAAACGCCGUCUGGCUCGUGGAACGUGUUCACCAAGUGUCAAAGCUAAAAACCAUCAUGACCGAAUUGUCAAUGACGAAUUACCGAAGGCACGGGAUGUUGAAGGAGAAAUUCCUUCAAUUGUUCGGUGAAUCCGACGAAGAAGAGAUGAUGCCGGACUCGCCGAUCUGUAUAGAGGAGCAUCUGUCGGCGUGCAAAGAGAGGAUAGCGCCCUGGAUCGUCAAGUACUUGAUGCCUUUUUAUAAGAAACGGAAAAUCAAGGACCGACAAUUGUUCAAGGCCGUUGCAAAGUACAUCGCGGAUAUGCUCAUUAUAAAAGACACGUUUCCCGAACGAGAAUGUGUGAGCACUUACAUAAAUAAUUAUUUCAAGAACAAGAAGUGUAUCAAGACCAAGCAAGAUAUAUAUCUCUAACUGGUAUGGCAUUUUGUUCAUUCUAUUAUUAUAGCAAUGCAAGUUAGUAGAACGUUGAGAUCGUGCGUCGUAAUGUAAAUUAUUGUUGUUUAAGAUCCUGAAAUCAUUUCAUUCUCUCAUAGAUUUGUAUAAAAAAAUAUGAUGUAUAAUAUAAGUAUACGUGUGUAAUUCCUUUACUACAAUGACUCGACGAUCGACAUGGACAAUUUCUGUUCAGGUGUAUGCAAAAGUUUGUCUCUCUUUCUUGUGCAAAUUACCAGUUUAUUUUCUCAUGUAAGUGAAAGAAAGACGAAAAUUGCUAUACGCAUGUAUCUAAUGUAAGAAAUGGAAAACAACUCAAGGGACGACGAGAACACUUCGAACGUUCAGAGAGUCGAGAUGCUUCACGAUGGAUUUUUUCGUUCAGGUCUAAGUAAAAAUUUGGCUACAAUAUAGGGGGGGGGGGGCGUAUAGUGACAAUUUUUAUUUUUCAAUAUCAAUAUAUACGAGAAUGCGUUGUGUUGCAUAUAAAAUUGUUGCAGCAGUCGUACCAUCUAAAAUUGUUGUGGAAAUCAUACCGUCUAAAAGAACUAUUCUAGCAUUUGUGAAUCUUACCUGCGACAAAAGCCAAAAUUUAUUAUUGUAAUGAUGAUCUUACUUGCGACAAAAACCAAAGAGAAUCUUACCUGCGACAAAAAUCAAAAUUUAUUAUUGUAAUGAUAUGAUGACCGAGCGAUUAACAGAUUUAGACAGUCGAUCAGAGCGAUUGGUCCUUGCGGUGUCACGAGGUAAAAUCUCUCCCGGUAAGGAGAGAUCGCGUCGUGAAUUUUAGUUUGUAUUGCGGAACACGGAAAUCGAGAUUUCGUGUAACAUGUGAGCGGGCAAAAUCGCAAAAUCGAGAAAAAAACACUAAGUAUAAUUGAUAAACUUUACUAUUGAUUUUUGAAUAAUAUAUAGAUACAAUAACGAUAAUAAAAUAAAAUUAUGUCCACGACAAUAAUAAUAAUAAUAAUAAUAAUAAUAAUGACAAUGGCAAUGACGAUGAUCGUAGAGUGAUAAUCAUAAUGAUGAUACUAAUUGAUAACAAUAUACUAGAUAUUCUACACAUAUAAAAAUCAAGAAGUCAUAUGUAACAAGGAGAUUCACAAAGCACCGAACAAGCUCCAAAGAUGCGCUUUCGCCGCGGCAGGCACGGAAAUUAUAUAUAAUAUAUAUAUAAUAUAAUAUAUAUAAUCGAUCCUUUCCUUUCGUUUAAAACAUUAAUUCUCCACAUUGAUUCACCACACAGGUAAGCUGUAAUCAGUGACCAAUUUGAAAUUCGAUUAGCGUAUCGACUUAAACUCGGUAUGGCUUCGUGUAACGUAUCUCAUUUAUCUGAUUUAUAGAUUUGCACGGCCUGUUUAGUAGCGAGAAUGCUGGUCGAGACUGAAGAAGAUGAGCUAGUCGUUUAUAUACGCUUUUUGUAUAUGUGCGGGUGUGUGUACAUAAGUUUGGCGAAUAUAUAAAAUAGUUCUUUACAAUGAUAAAGGUUAGUUAUUUAGCCUAGUAAUAUUAAUAACAUCGAUUAAUAAUAAUAAUAAUAAUAAUAAUAAUAAUAAUAAUAAUAAUAACAACAAUGAGAUAAUAAUAAUACAAUAAUAAGGAAAGAAAACCGGUGAGCACUACGUUCUACAACACAAUUGAUCUUCCUUGAGCAAUUCACACACGGACGCGCAGGAGUCAUUGAGCGAAACAGUAGUUGCAAGCCGUGACAUUCUCUCUUAGUACUUUUUUCUUUUAUACGGAGCGGACCGCGAGAACUCUAUCGUAUCGUGUCAGAUUAAUCAUGCAUCGAAGCGAGAUGUAUAUGAGAUAAUUUAUCGGUGACACAAGCGGAGUGAUUUUACGUAAAGAAAAAAAAAAAA